UCUCUUUAUUAUUUCAUCCUCUUGUUUGCUCUCGGCGAUCUUCCUUUAGCUCUUCAAUAAACCGGAGCCAUGGCUAGCCUUUGCAGCGAGACCAUGGCUCUGGCUCUUGUUCUCCUCGUGGGGGGUCUUUCCUUCGUUCUUCCCUCCUCUGCAGAGCUUCAGAGGCUCCAGCACCCUUUAAAGCAUGAUGGUUCUCUAAGCCUUCUGGUGAUCGGAGACUGGGGAAGGAAAGGACAAUAUAAUCAAUCUGAAGUCGCAACACAGAUGGGAAGGAUUGGAGAGGAGCUAGAUAUAGAUUUUGUAAUAUCGGCUGGCGAUAAUUUCUAUGAAGAUGGAUUAACAGGCAUCGAUGACAAGGCAUUCGAGGAGUCAUUUACUAACGUAUACACUGCAAAGAGCUUACAAAGGCCAUGGUAUACCAUUCUUGGAAAUCAUGAUUAUAGGGGUGACGCGCUAGCACAAUUGAAUCCUGUCCUCCAAAAGAUUGAUAGCCGUUGGAUUUGCAUGAGAUCUUUUAUUGUUAAUGCAGAAAUGGUGGAGUUUUUCUUUGUGGAUACUACUCCCUUUGUCGAAUCAUAUUGGCAUGAUCUAGAUGACUGUCACUAUGAUUGGAGGGAAGUCGCUCCUCGUGAAAAUUAUAUCUCAAAUCUCUUGAAGGAUUUGGAUAAGGCACUGAAAGAAUCUUCAGCAACAUGGAAGAUUGUUGUGGGACACCAUGCCAUAAGAAGCGUCAGUGAACAUGGGGACACCGAAGAGCUCCUGAAACUGCUGCUCCCCAUUCUUAAGGCUAAUGAAGUCGACUUGUAUAUAAAUGGGCAUGACCAUUGCCUAGAGCAUAUUAGCAGUAAGGACAGUCCACUCCAAUAUCUGACAAGUGGAGGCGGCUCAAAGGCAUGGAGGGGUGUCUUCACUCCAAACGCAGAUAAACUUCAAUUCUUCCAUGAUGGCCAAGGGUUCAUGUCACUUCAAUUAACCAAGACAAAUGCUGACGUGGUGUUCUAUGAUGUCUUCGGCCGAGUUCUGUACAAAUGGAGCAUGGCCAAACAGCUUCACCCUGCAAUGUAGUAGAAGUGAACACAAAUAGGAUGGUGUGAGCCCCCUGUGCAUACUAUAGCCAUUGGAGUUGUUGUUAAUAGGAUCAGGAUACCUGCAUACUGAUAUGGUGUAUCAUGGGAUGCAUGCCAAGAUAGUGGUAUGCGUGCAGCCCAUCAAUUAGAGCUGGAUGAGCUGUAUGCAAGAGAAAAAAAGAAAAAAAUAAGCGGAGGAUUUGAGGAUUACUUACACCAAAUGUACUAGUUUUAUUGAACUUAAAUAAUAUAAUAUUACCAGUUUAGUUGUGAUCAA